CCCCGACUACGUGUACCCAACAGGGCGGCUAAGCUGGUUAACCAUCAGAGCCAGCACUAAUACAAAAGUCGAGUGCCCCCAAGCAAUGAGCUGUGCACACACAAAUUAAGGUGGACUGGCAACGGAGAGCACUCGCCGACUUCGGGGAAUCGUCAACACAACAUACCAUGUUCAUCUCGUAACGUCUGCCUGGAACCGUUUUCAUCCUGAGGCGGAGGGCGGAAGGCGCUCUAUCGCGAACUAAAUAUACACGGAGGCAACGGGCGUGCGGGGUGCUGGAGGGGAGGAACGAUGGCUAAGGAGUGAAGCACCCAGAUUGCACCAAGGAGCCCACCUUCGGCGCGGCCGGCACCAAGCAGAGACUCUACUGCUUCACCCACAAACUGGAAGGAUUGGUCAACAAUCACCGCAAGGAGUGUACCCAGCCAGGCUGUACCACGUGGUCAACGUAUGGCUACGAGUCAACUCGUGGACGCAAGGUAGCGGAGUACUACGAAAGGCAGCGAAGCACGCCGAAGACGGAAUGGUCGACCUUUCGCACAGAAGAUGCGGCUACUCGGAUUGCUUCGGGCCCCCUCGAUUCGGAACGGUUGGAACGAAAAAGGCUGAGUUGUGUCCCACCUAUGAGGGGUAGGGAAUGGUGGACAUGAAAAAGGGGGCCUGUGUACAUCCUGGCUGCUCCGCAAGAGCAAAGUUCGCCGAGGCAGGUUCCCACAAGGCGGAGCAUUGCAGGCAGCACGCUCGGAAGGGAGUUGACGUCUUCAGCAAGGGAUGCUCCCACCCGGGAUGCACAAGAAUUCCAUCAUACGGUGCGGUGGGGACCAAGAUUCCAUUGUUCUGUGGACCGCAUGCCACAGAUGGGACGGUGACGGUCAGAGGGCUGAGGUGCAGUCAUCCAUUGUGCGAUGAGUGACCAUCUUUCGAAAGGGCGGUGAGUUCUGCAAACGCCAUACUAAACAGGGAAUGGUCCACAUUCAUCGGGAGAAAUGCAGCUUGCCGGGCUGCACUCUCCUGCCGAUUUUCGGCGUUCGUGGCACCUCGAAGGCGGAGGUCUGCGCCCGGCACGCAAGCGACAAACCCUGGAUGGUUCGAAUUGUUCGCAAGUUUGGCUCUCGCAAUGGUGGGUCCAUGCUGGAAGCCACGGGAGCCGGAGAAGGUGUCAAGAGGGAACUCUGCGACGGGGAUGCUGUCCCGGAGGCAGGGAUGGACGAGCACGAUGUUGCGAAGAGAGGGCGAGAGAUGGCAUUGCUCAUUCUGAACGACGGUGGUUCAGCGCCAGGCACAUCAGCUUUGGUUUCACCUUUCAUGGGCUGCAGAAAGAGACGAAAAAUGAUGGACGCUGCAACGACGGGAGCAACGACAGGAAAAUGGUGACAGGUGUGGAACGGCAACAGAAACAUUAAACCGAAACGCGCGGCAGCAGCAACAAGACCAACGGCAGCAGCAGCAGCAGCAGCAGCAGCAGCAGCAGCAGCAGCAGCAAACCAUGUGAGGGUGAGGGUUCAACACUCACGCCGUGUGCUGGAAGGGCGUGGGAAAUCUGCCGAUGGCCUCUGUUUGGUCGUUGCGUCGAUGUCCCCGACGUCAGGACUUUUGCUGUUUUCGGGCGAGGUGGUGUCCUCCGCCCGUUUCCCUGCGGCGGGAUCGCCGGAAUCGUCGUGCUACUGUGGCCUCUGAGCCUCGUGCGCUGCUGAUAAGUCUGUGGAUACCAGUCUGCCAAGGAAAUCCGCCUUGUUCUUGAGACAAGGAACGAAUAGAAAUGGGCGGGGCGGUUAGGUGCAACGUUGUCGCCGCCGUGCCUGGCUGUUGCUGGAACGAAGUCGGAGUUCCAAGUGUUAAUUUGAAGCAUAUGCCUGAAAGAAUGAAGAGGACGCUGGCUGAACUGUUGUCAAAAAGGCUUUUCGCGCGUGCGCCUGUGGCGCAACAUAUAAG